GUAAGGACGUGCCCAAGCUUCCUGGUUGUCGCUUGACGCAAUCAGCUGUAAGUGCAGCUCGAGUCGUGUUGAUGAGUCGAGCCGAAAGGAUCAGAGCCGGCGGGGGGAAUAAAAUCUUCACUCCUGCGUGUUAGGUUUAUGUUGGAUGAAACGUUUCAAGCCUAUCCUGAGUCCACUCUUGUGCCCUGAGUAGAGGACAGCAUGGCCAGCGCCUCUCCUCAUCCCUCUCAGCCUCAGCCUCAAGCUCAGCCUCAGCCUCAGACCCAGUCAUCCAGCUCUUCGGCGACAGACAGCGCAGGGACCGGCUCCAGUACCCAGACACAGGGAGAGACCGGCAGCCAGGACAGCACGUUUGAGUGUAACAUCUGCUUGGACACUUCCAAGGACGCAGUAAUAAGCUUAUGUGGCCAUCUCUUUUGCUGGCCUUGCUUGCAUCAGUGGUUGGAAACGAGGCCAAACAGACAGGUGUGUCCGGUAUGUAAAGCAGGUAUCAGCAGAGAUAAAGUGAUCCCCCUGUAUGGACGAGGCAGCACGGGUCAGCAGGAUCCCAGAGAGAGAACUCCUCCCAGACCACAAGGCCAGAGACCCGAGCCUGAAAAUCGUGGCGGGUUCCAAGGUUUCGGUUUUGGAGAUGGCGGCUUUCAGAUGUCCUUCGGUAUUGGAGCGUUUCCUUUUGGAAUAUUUGCCACAGCGUUCAACAUCAACGACGGAAGACCACCGCCAGCAGCUCCGGGAACACCACAGCACAUGGAUGAGCAGUUCCUGUCCCGCCUCUUCCUGUUUGUGGCACUCGUCAUAAUGUUUUGGCUUCUCAUCGCGUAAACAGUUAGGAUCUGGUCAGGAUGUGAUAACAGCGCCUUCUUCGUGGACCUGAUGGUUAAGCCACAGACAGUGAUUACUGAAGUUUCACUAAUGGAAACGUUUAAUUUCUUCCCCCCAUUACGCCGUUGGACCUGCGCUUGGUUUUAUAAACGGUUUGUUUUUAUGCUUUGAAGGAUGUGCACGAUGACGCGUGUGACAUGACUGCAUGUCGGCUGUGAUUUUGAUACUUGUAAAUUGUCAUUUCUCGGAAUGUUUUUCAGCCCUUCUCGAUUUUUUCCCCCCACACGUGUACAUUUAAAUAAAAGUCUUAUUUCUCUUA